CUUGGGCAGGAGGAAAAUCCCUCACCUCCGUAACUUAACUUAAUUCAAUUUGUUCUGUUUUUUUCCCUUCAUGAUCGGCUGUUUAUUUUGAUCUGCAUUGAUAUUAUACUAUGAGAAGCUGUCUUUAAAAGAUUAGAUAAAUCACAUCAUUAUUUAAAAUGGCUGCAGUCGGUCAGCAACCCCAGCUUCAACCUACGAAACAAAAUGAACGAACAAAACCUGCUGUUACUCAGUUGGAAUUUCAUCAAGCUAUGCAAGACUUUAAAACAAUGUUUCCUGAUAUGGAUGAAGAUGUUAUUGAAGUAGUGUUACGAGCUAAUAAUGGAGCUGUUGAUUCCACUAUUGAUCAGUUAUUAGCAAUGACCACUGAUAAUGAAAAUGAACGACUUCGUGCUGAAUUAGAUGCCACAGAAAAUGAUGAACUCCCUCCUAGCUAUUCCCCUGCAACGCCACCGCCGUCUUAUCAUCAGGCAGUACCAUAUGCUCAGAGCCCUGCCCGGCUGAGUGCAGCUCAGUUUGGGCGUCGAUCUAGUGGUGCUUUACCUUCUUUGAUGCGACAUUCACAGCUGCUGAAUCAAAAAACAACUCCUGCUCAACAACAGCUUCCUAUUAUUGUACCUAAAAUUGCUCCACCACAGAAGAGUGAUAUUAGCCAGACUAAAUCUGAAACUUCAACUUCACUGCCUCAAAAAAAGUGGAAUCCCCCACUUGUAGGACCUUUACCGCCUUCAUUCUUACGCCUAGAUGAUCAUCAUCAGCACAGGAGCAGAAGGGGAAAGUUUGUGACUCUAAGUACUGCUAUGCUUCAUAAACGAAUGCUAGAAAAUGAGAGGCAGCGUCGAAAUACCAUUGGUGUUGAAGAUCCAGAAAUGGCACGUUAUUUAGAAGAUGAACGAAUUGCUCUCUUCUUACAAAAUGAAGAGUUUGUAAGAGAACUUAUGGGAAAUAAGGAUUUUUUGUCUACAUUAGAGAAAGAUUCUGCUUCAAGUGGAAGUAUGACGCUUCAGAACAAGCAUUCUCAUUCUUCUAGAAGUUGUGAAAGAAGCUCAAGUGGAACGGAGGUUCCUUCCAAAACAGAUGACUCUCAGCUACCUCAUUCAUUUUCAGCUGAUGAAACAGAUGCUGCAUUUAGGGAGAGAUUGAAAAACAUGGGCAAAUUAUCUAGAAGAAAAUUUGCACAAUUAGCAAGCAUUUUCUCACGUAGGAAACGUGCAUUCAAGCCUAUUUUGGGUGAUGGCAUUAAUCCUUCAAGAGAUAAUUUACUUUUACAUGAAGAUGAAUAUUCUGAAUUGUCAGAAGAUGAUUCUGAUACUGACUGGAACAAAAAAGACUCUUGGGAUAGCCAUCAUGGUGAUUUAAAUGAGAAGCCUCCUAUAAAAAAUUCUCAUAAACAUGACCACAGCUGAAAAUAAGUGAUUUUCUUACCUAUCUGGUGAACCCAAGGAAGCAAAGUCUGAACUAUUAUAGUGAGGGCCUAAGUCAUAUUUUACAUUUGUUGUAUUUUAUUUCUGUAGUUACUUUUAUUAUAUAACCUAGAAAUAGUUUGAAUUAUAUAUAUAUCGGCAUGGUAAUUCAACUUGUAUUUCUAUAAUUUACUGUGCUUUUUGCCAAUGUCUUGUCGUGCCAACGUAUUUUAAAAAUUCUAAGCAUCCAGUAUUUUAUACACUGUUUUUAAACCUACAGCCAACUUUCAUUGUUAAAAAUUUUAAGAAAGAAUAAACCUUCCAGAUUUCAAGAAGAUUCAUAGAUUGCAUAUGAGGCAUGUAAUUAAUUUAACGAUGCUAAAAUGAGUUAAAAUUAAUGUGCUGAUAAUAUCAUGCCAUAUGCUUUUUUAUCUAAUCAAGUUUUAGAGUGUUUGAUAUGUAGCAUGAUUUCAAGUGUAGUGAAGGUGUGAAAGUAUGUACUGUUGAUGAUGUAUUAUGACUUUCAGCAUGUUAGAUUAGAAAUGUGAAAGUAUGUAUUAAAGCAUUCCAUUGCAAAUGAUUGUCCAAUUUUGAUCUAUUUGGUUCCUGUGUCUAAAUUCUCAAAAAUAAUUUAAAAUUUGUAAAUACAUUUUCCAUUCAGCACAAAAUAAAUUUGUAGGUGUGACAAAUAUUGCAGUGCUAGUGUUUCCCUACUAAAUCCUUUUUGAUUUGUGCCAUAAUAGUACAAAAUGAAUCAGUUUGAUUCUUGUUGCUUUUAGCUAGAAUUCCUAUUUGUCUGAUGUAACAUUUUAUGUUAACUUUGUAUCAAUUCAUGCAAAUGUGAUGUUUUAAAUUUCUGUUGACUUGUUUUCUUCUCCGUCUGAAUCUCAUUCUUUUUACUCCAUUUUAUAGAACAACUUUACAUAUAUUAAAAUUUAUUUUGACUGAAAUCAAAUGAUGUAAAUAUAUAAAUCAGGUUUUUUAUAAUAAUUAUUUCAUUGUUUGAGAAUGAAUUUAAUGCAAUGUACAAUUUCUAAU